CCAAUCGGGUGUCAGCAGGGCGCGACGGUGGGGCUCGAUGGCCGCGAGUGCAGCAGCGGACGUGUUUGAAAACAUCAGGAGGAAUUGAAGGAUGAUUUGUGCAUCAGCGCUGAUCUUCAUCACCGCGCUCAGCUCCGGUGUGUGUGAUGACGGACACGAGAUGGAGGAGUUCCUCAAGAGGGAGUAUACACUGUCCAAGCCUUACCAGGAUGUGGGCGUGUCGGGCUCGUCUCAUUGGGAGCUGAUGGGAGACGCUCUGGUUUCCUCUGAUUAUGUUCGUCUGACUCCAGAUCAGCAGAGCAAACAGGGAGCCAUAUGGAGCCGCGUGCCGUGUCACCUGAGCGACUGGGAGCUGCAGGUCCACUUUAAGGUUCACGGUCAGGGAAAGAAGAAUCUGAACGGUGACGGUCUGGCUGUCUGGUACACUAAAGAGCGCAUGCAGAGAGGGCCAGUGUUUGGAAACAGGGACUUCUUCACAGGACUCGGUGUGUUUGUGGACACGUAUCCCAAUGAGGAGAAGCUUAUGGAGGCUCAGAGGAAGAGGUAUACUCCACGCACACAGCGUAUAUUUCCGUAUGUGUUGGCUAUGGUGGGCAACGGCAGCAUCAGCUAUGAUCACGACCGGGACGGGCGACCCACAGAACUGGGCGGCUGCAAUGCCAUGGUGCGAAACCAGAAACACGAAACCUUCAUCUUCAUCAGAUACGUCCGGCGACGACUCACGGUCAUGAUGGAUAUCGACGGGCAGCACGAGUGGAGAGACUGUCUGGAUGUUCCUGGUGUUCGUCUGCCACAGGGCUUUUACUUCGGUGCUUCAGCUGUCACAGGAGACCUUUCAGAUAAUCAUGACCUGAUCUCCAUGAAGCUCUACCAGCUGACGAUCCUGCGUAGCAAGCAGGAGGACGAGGAGCAGGAGGAGGUUCUGGUUCCCAGUGUGGACAACAUCGACCUGCUGAGGCCUCCUGCAGAUGAGGAGGGUGUGAGCAGCGUGGGCAUCUUCUUCACUGUGCUCUUCUCUCUGCUGGGUGUGUUUCUGCUGCUGGUGGUGGGACUCGUGCUGUAUGAACACUGGAGCGAGAGCCGCCGCAAGCGCUUCUACUGACACACACAUACACACACACAGCUCUGGUGCUGUAUGAACACUGGAGCCAGAGCUGGCACAAGCGCUUCUACUGUCUCACACACACGCACACGGAGAACUCCAGUCUGCACUGUUGGAGAGGAAUAAGACACACAGCUCUGUGUGCGGUGCAGUGUGUGUGUGUUAGAGCUGCUCUCUACAGAUGAACAGCAGUCAGACCACAGUAAGUCAGCAGAGCUCAGCAGUGUGUUUCCCAUGAUGCUCUGCUCCUGCUGUGCGCGCUCGUCUCGUCAAAGAUGCUGUAUUUAUUAUUGUGAUGUUUAUUUAUUGUACAGAAGCUGAUGAACGAGUGAUUAAAGUGGAGGUGUUUGUA